AUGUCCUCAAAAGAAAAUAUAAGACCUAAAAUUAAAGCAUUUGAUGAUGAAGUGGUCAUAUCGGGAGUGUCUGGGAGAUUUGCGAAUUCACGAAAUAUCGCGGAACUGUCGCACAAUUUAUAUAAUAAAAUUAAUAUGGUUGAGGAAAAUGAAAUUCGUUGGCGACGAACAAAUCCAAUGUUUCCAAGACAUAUAGGAACGAUUUCGGAUAUUGACAAGUUUGAUGCACAAUUUUUUGGAUAUCAAUCAAAGCAUGCACAAUCGAUGGAUCCGCAAGGAAGAAUGUUGCUUGAACAUGCUUAUGAAGCAGUUCUUGAUGCUGGCGUUAGUCCAAAAUCUCUGAAAAACAGCAGAACCGGAGUGUUUAUGGGUGUCUGCUUUUGUGAAUCUGAGAAAACUUGGAUGUACGAAAGAGACACGCCCGACGGGAUUGGAAUAUCUGGAAACAGUCGUGCACUUUUGGCUAAUAGGAUAUCCUUCAUGCUUGGACUAGUUGGACCAAGUUUUUGUGUUGAUACUGCUUGCAGUUCGUCAAUGUAUGCACUGGAUCUGGCAUAUAAAGCAAUUCAGAGUGGCGAAUGUGAUGCAGCAUUUGUUGGUGGAUCUAACUUGUUGCUUCAUCCGUUGCCGAGUUUGCAGUUUGCAAGACUUGGAGUUCUGUCAAUUGAAGGCUUCUGCUCACCAUUCGAUGCCAGUGCUAGCGGAUAUACAAGAGGUGAAACGGUAGCUGUGAUAUUCCUUCAGAGAAAAAGCAUGGCUAAACGUAACUACGGUACUGUUGUGUACACGAAAAGUAACUGUGAUGGAUUCAAGUCUGAAGGAAUUCAUUAUCCAAGUGGAGAUGUCCAAAAAGCUUUGCUGGUUGAGUUUUACAAUGACUUGAACAUACCAGCAUCUUCGGUAGACUAUAUUGAAGCUCACUGCACUGGAACUGUUGUUGGCGACCCUGAAGAAUGCAAAGCUAUUGAACAAGUGUUUUGCAACGAUAAAAAUAAGGCACCGAUUCCAAUCGGAUCUAUAAAAUCAAAUCUUGGACAUUCAGAAGCAGCUUCAGGUCUUUGUUCGAUUUCUAAAGUGAUUCUUACAUUUGAAAAUGGAAAAAUUCCACCAAAUAUUAAUUAUCACAUUCCAAGACCUGAAAUUCCAGCAUUAACGAAUGGAAAAUUAAAGGUCGUCGAUGAAGUUCAAGAUUUUAAUGGAUCACUGAUCUGUGUCAACUCUUUCGGAUUUGGCGGUGCUAAUUCUCAUGGAUUAUUCAAAAUUAAUCCAAAAGUUAAGAAGAAUUUUGGAAUUCCUGACGAUAAAAUUCCACGACUUGUUGUUUGGUCAGGCAGAACGGAAGCAGCUGUUAGUGAAAUUUUAGAUACUGUAACAAAAAGACCACUUGAUGCUGAAUAUGUUGCACUUCUACACAAUAUACAAACAGAAACACUUCCAGCUAAUAUAUUUAAGGGUUUUGGGCUUUAUAUGCAACCUGGUGAUGGAUCUAAGAACGCAAAAUGUCUUAUUCGCGAUGUUCAGCAUUAUGGUGGACUUAAACGUCCGAUGGUUUGGGUUUAUAGUGGAAUGGGAUCACAAUGGGCUGGUAUGGGAGCUGAUCUUAUGAAAAUUCCAAUCUUUGAAAGUGCUAUUGAGAGAUGUCACAAAGUCAUGUACGAAAGAGGACUCAAUCUUAAGGAAAUUUUGACUUCCAAAGAUCCAGGAAUGUUUGACAAUAUUUUACAUUCGUUUGUUGGAAUUGCAGCUAUACAAAUUGGACUUACAGAUAUAUUAAAAGUACUUGGAUUGGAACCAGAUUAUAUUAUUGGACAUUCAGUUGGUGAAUUGGGAUGUGGAUAUGCUGACGAUUGUUUAACAGCAGAGGAAAUGAUUCUUUGUGCUUAUUCACGUGGAAUGGCAAGUUUAGAAACGAAAGUUGUUCAUGGCUCAAUGGCAGCUGUUGGCAUGGGCUAUCAGAAGUUGAAGACAAUAAUUCCUGAUGAGAUUUGCAUUGCUUGUCAUAACUCCAACGAGUCUACGACAAUUUCAGGACCGUCUGAAAAUAUUUCAAUGUUUGUUAAGGAACUAAAGGAAAAAGGAAUAUUUGCAAGAGAAGUUGCAUGCUCAAAUAUUCCUUAUCACAGCAAAUACAUCGCUGACUUCGGACCAAAUUUAUUAAAACGAUUGAAUGAAGUCAUAAAGGCUCCAAAGAAGCGCUCAAACAAAUGGAUCAGUUCAAGUUAUCCAAAAUCGACGUGGAAUCUUGAAAAGACUCAAUACUGUUCUGCUGACUAUCAUACGAACAAUCUUCUCAGUUCUGUGCUAUUUGAAGAAGCAUCAUCUCUUUUGCCUGAAAAUGCAAUUUGUGUAGAAAUCGCGCCACAUGGACUGUUGCAAGCCAUCUUGAAAAGAUCGAUGACAACGGCAGUCAACAUCCCAUUGACUCAACGUGAACACAAGAGCAACGACCAAGUUUUGUUGAAUGCUAUUGGAAAAAUAUACUGCAAUGGCUUUGACAUGGAUGUUGCAAAUUUGUAUCCAAAAGUAGAGUUCCCUGUGUCGAGAGGAACUCCAAUGAUUUCAUCCAACAUAAAAUGGGAUCAUUCUGAAAGUUGGUUCGUAACAAGUCACGCGCAGGUUGAAAUCGGUAAAUCAGCUGAAAGAAUCAUCAAGCUUAACAUUGGAUCGCCUGAAUUUGAAUUCAUUAUUGGACAUUUGAUUGAUGGUCGAUGUCUAUUUCCUGCGACUGGAUACUUGUAUUUAGCAUGGGAAACUCUGGCAAUGAUUAAGAGUAAAAAAUUGAACGAAACCAUUGUAGAAUUUGAGGAUGUAAAGUUUUUGAGAGCAACAAACAUGACAGAAACAAGUGUCGCUUUUGUGAUUGUUGUUCAACCUGGAACUGGAAGAUUUGAGAUAUCUGAAGGAAACACAGCAUUAGUGACUGGUAUCGUUCGAUUACACGAUCAAGUGGAACUAGCUAAUAUUAAGACUAAUCGUGAGUCGAAGAAGAUAUUAGCAACAAGUGAUUUUUACAAGGAAUUAAGACUUCGUGGUUAUCAUUAUAGCGGAUUGUUCAAAUCAGUCUUGGAAAGCAGUUAUGAUGGAACUUAUGGUUGUGUAAAGUGGACUGAUAAUUGGAUACCGUUCCUUGAUUGUCUUCUGCAAAUUCAAAUUGUUGCUAAGGAUACACGAUCACUAUUCAUUCCAACUUCUAUCCAGAGAAUGGUUAUUGAUCCAACAAAACAUUUCACUAGCGAUACUAAUCAGAAGGAAGAGUCGUUCUUUAAUGUUCAUGUAUCUAGGAAUAUGAAGACUCUUCGAAGCGGUGGUGUUCAAAUCACAAACUUACAAGCAAGUCCAAUUCAAAGACGCAAAGCACAAAGCUUCCCUGUUUUGGAGUCUUAUCAAUUUAUAUCCAACGAUCCAUCUCCAAAACUGUCUUAUUUUGAUGCUGCACGAGUAAUUACACAAUUAGUGCUAGAAAACAAUUCAGAAUAUACAGUUAAGGCAGUUGAAACAUUCAAUCCGAAACGAUCAAUGUUUUUGCCAUUUAUUCGAGAUGCUUUAUUGGACUUGCCACUGAUCACACCUAAUUUGACAUAUUUAGCAUCAUCUAAAGUUGCGAGCGAAGAAGAACAGAUAACAGUUGAGAAUACAAAACUAUCAGCACACAAAUGUUUGUUGUUGAUCCUUUCGGAAGGAAGCAGUGAAAUGUACUCUUUGGAGGAAGUGGCAAAUAGCAUAGCUGAUGGUGGAUUCCUUGUCGUUCGUGCAGAAUUAAACUCAAGUGUUGCUGAAAUGGUUUACUCCAAUAACUUACCGUAUACAGCAACAGUCUUAACAAACAAUGAGAAGUUUGUCGUCUUUCAUUCUGUUAAGCAGCAAAACUCUAAACCUUUAUCAUCUAUUCACAUAUCCAACAAAGACAGCAACUUUGAUUGGAUUGAGGAAACAAAAUCUGUGAUGAAGAACGGACCACUCGUUCUUGUUGCUGAAAAUGAACCAGAUUCAGGUAUUGUUGGAUUGGUAAAUUGCUUGAGGAUGGAACCAGAUGGAAAUUUCAUUCGAUGCGUUUUUGUUGAUGAUCCAAAAGCACCUAAGUUUAGUCUCAGCGAUCCAUUCUAUCAAAAUCAAUUGAAACUUGAUCUUGCUAUUAAUGUCUAUCGUAAUGGUAAAUGGGGAACUUACAGACACUUGCAGAUCUCUGAAACUCACAAUGAAUCUCCAGUUCAAAGCCAUUGCUAUGUCAAUUCCUUAGUCAAAUCAGACUUAUCAUCGUUAAAAUGGCUGGAAGGUCCAUUAAAUCACAUGAAAGUACAAAACAACCUUGUUGAUGUUCAUUAUGCUGCAUUAAACUUUAGGGAUGUCAUGUUGGCUACUGGAAAAUUAACAGGAGAUGUAUUUACUGAAAAUCGAUUCGAACAUGAAUGCUUGCUAGGAAUGGAGUUUUCAGGAAGGACAAGAGAUGGAAGACGUGUGAUGGGCUUAGUUACUUCUGGUGCUUUAGCAACUAAUGUAAAGGCUGAUCCGAUGCUUCUUUUUGAUAUUCCAAAUAAUUGGAGUCUUGCUGAUGCUGCAACAGUUCCAUGUGUUUACGGCACUGUCUAUUCUGCAUUCUUUGUGAGCACAAAAAUUGAAAAAGGAAAAUCAAUUUUGAUUCACGCUGGUACUGGUGGUGUUGGUCUUGCAGCUAUUCGUGUGGCUUUUGCUUAUGGAUUGGAAGUUUACACUACAGUUAGCACUGCUGAAAAGAAGAACUUCUUGUUGAAAGAAUUUCCACAGCUGAAAGCUGAAAAUAUUGGCAAUUCACGUGAUACAACAUUUGAGAAGAUGAUUAUUGAUAGAACUGAUGGUAAAGGAGUUGAUUAUGUCUUGAAUUCAUUGGCUGAAGAGAAGCUUCAAGCAUCAAUUCGUUGUCUUGGCUUUGGAGGAAAGUUCUUAGAAAUCGGAAAGUUCGAUAUGGCUAAUGACACCAAGAUUGGAAUGAACAUUUUCCUUAAAGAACUCUCGUUCCAUUCUGUGAUGUUGGACAGGCUAUUUGGUGAAUCUAAUGAGAAGAAGCUUCAAUUAAAGCAGAUCCUUGAACGAGACAUCAAAGCAGGAAUCGUUAAGCCUCUAAAGACAAAUAUCUUCUCAGCCAGUCAAGUAGAAAAGGCCUUCCGAUUCCUAGCUAGUGGCAAGCACAUGGGAAAAGUCCUCCUAAAGAUUCGUCAGAAUGAGAAUGACUUAGUAACACUUCCCAUAUCUGUGUUACCAAGGAUUUAUUGCAAUCCUGAACAUUCUUACAUAAUUCCUGGUGGACUUGGAGGAUUUGGACUCGAAUUGGCUGAUUGGUUGGUACUUAGAGGAUGUAGAAAUUUGGUUUUAAGUUCAAGUAGAGGAAUAUCAAAGCCUUAUCAAUCUUAUCGAAUUAGGAUUUGGGAAUCUUACGGUGUUAAAGUUACCGUAAAUACAUCGGACAUUUCAACAAGAAAUGGAUGUGAAAAUCUUAUUAAGGAAGCGAUAAAACUUGGUCCAGUUGGCGGAAUCUUCAACCUUGCUGUACUUUUACGUGAUGCUGUUUUUGAGAAUCAAGAUGCAGUUAAGUUUAUUGAAAGUAUGGCACCAAAGGCUUAUGCUACUAAACAUUUGGAUGCAAUUUCAAGGAAGUUGUGUCCAAAACUUCAAUACUUUGUUAUUUUCUCAAGUGUAUCAUGUGGACGUGGUAAUGCUGGUCAAAGUAAUUAUGGCAUGUCUAAUUCAGUCAUGGAAAGAAUCAUGGAACAACGUCAAAGGGAUGGAUUGCCAGCUAAAGCAAUUCAAUGGGGUGCAGUUGGUGAAGUUGGUCUAGUUGCUGACAUGGCUGAAGAUAAGUUGGACAUGGAAAUUGGUGGAACUUUGCAACAAAGGAUCACAUCAUGUUUAGAGGUGCUUGAUGACUUGAUGUGCGAGAAACAACCAAUUGUAUCAAGUAUGGUUGUGGCUGAAAAGAAAUCAUUUGGAAUUUCUAAAGGCAACAUCGUUGAGACUGUGAUGAAUAUUAUGGGUAUUAGAGAUAUUAAAUCAAUUUCUUUGGAAACAACACUGAGUGAAAUGGGAAUGGAUUCUUUAAUGGCUGUUGAACUGAAGCAAAUAUUUGAACGUGAAUUUGAAGUUGAUCUUUCAAUGCAGGAACUAAGAACUCUCAACUUCUUGAAAAUAAUGGAAAUAGCCAAAAAACGAGAGAACCAAGAAAAGCCACUUGACGAGAAACCAGUAGAUGAGAAUAUUUUAGCCUUCCUUAUCAGACAUACAGCAAUUCGCCCACAAAAUGAAAAUAUUUUAGAAUUCUUCAAAAUGGACCAAAAGCAAAGAUCAAACUGUUUGGCGCUUAUCAUUCCCGGAAUUGAAGGAUGUGCUUCAGAUACAAUGCUUGAGAUGUGUUCAAAAUUGAACUUCCCAUACUGUAUUAUUAAUUAUAAUAGCUCGAUUAUAUGUCAAAUGAAGACUGCUCGCGAUACUGUUGAGUUCAUAAAGAAUGACUUAAUGAAAGUACUUGACGGCUACGAAAGAUUCCAUCUAAUUGCACAUUCCUAUGGUAACUUUUUGGCGAUUAUUUUAGGCACAUUCCUUGAAAGUCGGGGCAAAAAAGGACACAUUUCAAAUAUUGAUGGAUCUCCUGUAGUUUUAAAUACCGUAACAAGAAUACAAUGCCAACGUAGAACCGAAGGAGAAUUCAAUGACUACAUAUUAACUUAUAUAUCUUCACUAAUUGACCAAAAUAUUGAUAAAAAUCUAUUCAAAGUAUUUGCAAAUUAUGAAACCUGGGAUGAGAAGCUGGAAAAAUUCUUGGAAAUCACUUCGUAUCAACAUUUGUAUACUAAAGAUGUCUUCCGAUCGGUUGUCAAUGCAUUCCGUAACAGAAUCAAUUCAGUUAUUUAUGAAAUUGAAGACUUGGGAUAUCUUCAGAGCACAAAAUGUACUUUAUUCAAACCAUCAGAUGACUUCGCACCAUUAGAAAGUGAAAAUCUAGAACUAGAGAAAUAUUUCAAGCAAAGCAUCGAUGUAUUCAAAUUGGAAGGAAAUCAUCAAAGUAUAAUAGAGAAUCCAAAAUUAGUAACAAUAUUAAAUGACAUCCAUAAAAAGAUUUUAUGAUUUUAAUAGUAUAAACUUAGUAUCUAACAAAACUUAGUUAAGGUGAUAUGUUUAUGAUUAAUUUAAUGUAGGAUAGGACUUUACACAAAACCAGAACUUU